ACGGCUCCCGUGCAGAUGGACCCGGUGCAGAGGGCACGGAACUGGUACAGACGGAUCCAGUGCAGAGGGAGCGAGGAGGGGGUUCACAGCCCCGGUGCAGGGGGCACGGACUCGGUACGGGCGGCCCCGGUGCAGAUAGACUCAGUACAGGGGGCACGGAACCGGUACAAAGAGAGCGCGCAGGGGUCCCGGUCCCGGGCGAGCGCAGGGAGCACCGGGCACGGCUGCAGAGCGCCCGUCCCGCUCCGUGCGGGGCUCCCGCGGUGCGCGCGCAGGCGGCGGGCGGGGCCGCCCCGCACAGCGCCCCCUGCCGGCCGCGCCCGCGGCUCCGGGCCGGGCCCUGCGCUCCCUCGGCCGGUGCCGCGCGGGGCCUGCGCGGUCCUUCCCCUCCUCCCCGCCCCGGUCGCUCCGUCCGCCGGGGCCUCCCUCAUCCCCGCCCGCCCAUGGAUUUCACAUAGCAGCCGCCGCCGCCCCCGCCGCUCCAUGGCGGCCCCGGCCCCGCGGCCGCCCGGGCUGUGCUGCUGCCGCAAGGGCUCGGCGCCCGGCCCGGAGGCUCCGCCGCCGCCUCCUCCCGAGCCUCCGCCGCCGGACGUGGCUUCGGCCUCGAGCUCGCAGCUGUUCGGGCUGCGGCACCUGCGGCUGGGGCUGGAGCUGCGCCCCGAGGCGCGGGCGCUGGCGGGGUGCCUGGUGCUGGAGCUGUGCGCGCUGCGCCCGCACCCCCGCGCCCUCGUGCUGGACGUGCACCCCGCGCUGCGCGUCCUCUCGGCCGCCUUCCGCCGCGCCCAGCCCGGGGAGGCGCCCUGCGCCUUCGCCUUCCAGCCCGGGGACGCGGCGCCCCCCCCGCCCGCAGAGCCGCCGCUGCCCGUGUUCGCGCGCCCGCCCGCCGCCGCCCGCCCGCUCGGCUUCAGGGUGGACCCCUUCACCGACUACGGGUCGUCCCUCACCGUCUCCCUGCCCGCCGCCCUGCAGCCGCACCAGCCCUUCCAGAUCAUCGUCCGCUACACCGCGGCCGACGGACCCGCCAUAUGGUGGCUGGAUCCAGAACUGACGUAUGGCAAUGCCAAGCCGUUUGUCUUCACACAGGGCCACUCAGUCUGUAACCGGUCUUUCUUCCCCUGCUUUGACACACCAGCAGUGAAAUGUACCUAUUCUGCUACUGUCAAGGCUCCAGCAGGCCUACAAGUGUUGAUGAGUGCCACCCAAAGCACCUACUUAGAAGAGGAAGGUGUAUAUCAAUUUUAUAUGGAAUAUCCAGUUCCUGCCUACCUAGUGGCCUUGGUGGCAGGAGACCUUAUACAUGCAGAUAUAGGUCCAAGGAGCAGAGUGUGGGCAGAGCCUUGUCUGCUGCCAACAGCCAUCAGCAAGCUUUCUGGCAUGGUUGAGCGCUGGUUGACUGCUGCAGAGAGUCUGUAUGGCCCAUAUAUAUGGGGAAGAUAUGACAUUGUUUUUCUUCCUCCAUCCUUCCCUAUUGUUGCCAUGGAAAACCCAUGCCUGACCUUCAUAAUCUCUUCCAUUCUGGAGAGCGAUGAGUUUUUGAUCAUUGAUGUCAUUCAUGAAGUUGCCCACAGCUGGUUUGGAAAUGCAGUCACCAAUGCUACAUGGGAGGAGAUGUGGCUGAGCGAAGGGCUAGCCACUUACGCACAGCGCCGGAUCACUACAGAGACCUAUGGAGCUGCCUUCACAUGUUUGGAGACUGCAUUCCGUCUUGAUGCUCUCCACAGACAGAUGAAGCUCCUUGGAGAAGACAACCCAGUUAGCAAGCUUCAGGUCAAACUGGAGCCAGGUGUCAAUCCUAGUAACUUAAUGAACCUCUUCACCUAUGAGAAAGGCUACUGCUUUGUUUACUACCUGUCCCAGCUCUGUGGUGACCCAAGACACUUUGACUCCUUCCUAAGAGCCUACAUUGAGAAGUACAAAUUUACCAGUGUUGUGGCUCAAGAUCUUCUGGAUUCUUUCCUGAAUUAUUUUCCAGAGCUGAAAGAGCAAUGUGUUGAGAGCAAAGCAGGACUGGAGUUUGAACGUUGGCUCAAUGCUACAGGACCUCCGUUAGCUGAGCCAGACUUAUCUCAGGGAUCCAGUCUGACCAGACCAGUGGAGACACUCUUCAGACUCUGGACCACAGAGCCUCUGGACUCUGUUGCUGCUGCCAGCAGCGUUGACCUCACUAAAUGGAGAACAUUCCAAACUGUGCUUUUCUUGGACAGAUUGCUGGAUGGGUCACCACUACCACAUGAGGUGAUAAAAAAGCUUUCGGAAUGUUACUCCUCUCAGCUGGACUCUAUGAAUGCAGAAAUCCGUAUCCGCUGGUUGCAGAUUGUAGUCCGAAAUGACUAUUAUCCAGACCUUUACAAAGUCCGUCGCUUCUUGGAAAACCAGAUGUCUCGGAUGUACACAAUUCCACUUUAUGAGGACCUUUGCACUGGCACCCUCAAGUCUUUUGCCUUAGAAAUUUUUUACCAGACCCAAAACCAGCUGCACCCAAAUUUGCGGAAAACCAUCCAACAGAUCUUAUCACAGGGCUUGAAUCCCCUUCCUGCCAUAGACACUACAACAGUCACUACAGACACACCAGCAAUGGUGCUUGAGGACAAAGUCUCAGAGGCCACGAAUGGUGCCAUUUCACUCAGGGAUGUUAAUGUGUCUGCUUAGAUCACCAGCUCAUGCCAGCCAUGAAGCUUGAAAAUGGGGACAGAGGAAAGAUACAAGUGUUGCCUCCUUUCCCUCAGCCCUGCAGCUUCAGUGUGGUGUUGUAACUGGAUUUCUCUCCCAAAACACAAAGCAAAUGUGCCUUCAAAUAUCCGGUGUGCGACAUUGCCAGGUUUCAGAGAACUCCUUCAGCUGUGGGAUGGAUAUUUGGAAUCAGUUUAUACUGAUCAGAGACUCCUGGGCAGUUGCUUCUCCAUGGAAAGUGGAUACUUCCCUUUCCUGAGGCUCUUCUGGGUGGUUUCUCCAAGUCUGUUUGGUGGUUUUGGUUUGGGGUUUUUUUGUCUUUUUUGUCUGAGGCCACUGAGGCAUGUCCUGCUUGCUGUGUGUGUGUUGCUGGGGAGCAAAUUUGUGUCAGCUGCCAUUAUCCUGGUAUUAGGGCUGAAGUUCUACAAAGGGCAGACUCAGGAAUAGCCAGCGGCAGCAAACAUGUUUUCAUAUUAUGCUCCUUACUGUGACAGAGGUAUUAUGAUCUAGGAGGUAGGGGACUAAUGCUUAAAUAAUUAAGAAACUAAUUUUAAAUAGCUCCUGUUCCCCCCUGCCCCAGGUGGCUAAAUAAUAAUAAUGCUUUUUAUAUAUAUAUAUAUAAGUACAUAUAUAUAUAUAUAAAAGAACAAGGAAACCUUAUGAUGGAUUUUAAAUCCUUCUGUAGUUAGCCCUACCCUCAGUUUUCCCUUUGCACUCAAUGGGACAAGCAAUAAAGAAAAGUAUAGGCUCGAAUUUCAAAAACUUUAAAUUUAGGUGCCCAAAUGCCAUCAAUUCUGGUACUAGCUGGACGCCUAAAUCUAUUUAACUGUUUUGACAAGUCUAGCUGCAGCCUUUGUUGGUGUGUUAGGAUGUGUAGCACGUGCGUUCGUCAGAUGCACUGUCUUCUAUUCUGUCCUUUUGGAAGAAUUAACAGGACCUUUAAUUUAUUUUUUAAAGAUCCCUAGCAUGUGUUGGGCCUGUAAGUCACCAUGGAGAGAUCCAUGCUAAAUUUUUACUGCCUUGAAUAAUAUUUGCCUGAAUAACAGCUGCCCUGUCAUACAGUACCCUGAGAGAAGCACCCUCUUUCUUGAUGUGAAACUUUUAGGCCCCGCUUUACCUGAGUCUGUUUUCUGACUUACAGUGGUGGUAAGAUGGCAUUUCAUUUACACAGCAGAUCUCUUGAUCACCGGCCAGGCAUGCAAGAUGGGGAAACACUGUCUUCUGUCUGCGUUGUUUGGUCUCAGGAAGCUGAGGGCAAAGCACCAUUGGUAUUCCAGAGUACAGGUGAUGGUUCUUAGACUCUGUGCCACAUUGUUUUUAAUGUGAGGGUAUCUGUGUGCCUCGUGGUGAGCUCUCAUGAAGCAUCUCUGAGCUGACAUAUCACCAGGAUAGAGGACUAGUUUGAAUAAAAAGUGAAACGUGGAAGAGGCUCUGCUCAAGGAGAUGUGAGAGAGAAGUUGUUAUAUACUUUGGGGCAGAUUUUAGCCCUGCAUGGGGAUCUACAUAGCACAGAAAGAGGGGAAAUUUGGGAGAUUUUUUUUUUUUCCACCAAAAGUAUCUGUUUACACCCAUGUGUAGAUGGGAACUUAGGUGCUGUUACUGGAUCUGCAUUCUCUGGCUUUAAAUGAAUUUGGACUUCACCAUAGCCUUAGCCUGGGCUGAACUGGGAUAAAGCAAUAAUUAACUCAGGCCACUGAAGUGCUUCAUUAGUUUUCAAAAUGGGCCAUCAGCAUCGUUGGGCUUCAGAACUCUGAGCACUGCUCUUUGCUCCUUGAACGGGAUUAUUUCUUUCGUUCUGUUUUGUCUUCCCAGAAAGAAUGGAGAAUGAUGUUUUCUGUACAAAUCUCUUUCUUUUUUAUUUGUUGUUCUAUUGAAAGAGAUUUUUGCAGGCUGACUUUCCACUACCUGAGUUGCCGCUGUUGGUGCUGCGUCUCCUGGACCCCACUGGCAGCAGCAGCAGCCUGGCCAAGACCAGUAACCACUAGCAUCUUUUGGAGCCCCAGGCCUCCAUUUUAACAUGGUUUUUUUUUUGUGGGAGAAUGUAUGUGACCCUGGUGGGAAUUUUUAAUUUACAUGGAUGCCUUAUGAUGAUUGUCAAAUUAAACUAAGCUUUGUGACAAGUUUAGCGUUUUGGGCAGUUUUUAAGCGUCCCUACUAUGGAUGUGUGGAAGAGCCAACUUGGUACGUUCUUUGCUUUGUCCUUUUCUGGAGUGCAGCAUAGAAGGAGUUGGAAAGCUAUUUAAAAGCUGUACAGCAAGGAUAUUGGUUUAUCUGUUGUUACUACAACCAACUGAAAUACAUCACAUCAGCCUCGUGUUUGAGUAUACAUGCAUCAGAGUGGGGAAAUACUGACGGAACCCAACAGACUUUCCCGACUAAAGAACACGAGAUCUAAGUUAGUGUUUCUGCUCUGAUCUCUGUGAGAUCCCAUCAGAUGGCUAUUACUUGAUUUCAUUGCAGCCUUCAUCAGAGUGACAUGAGGUCUACAAAUAUCACUUGUGGAAAAGCUCUGAAGAGCCAAACCCUUUAAUAAAAUGGAGUAUUAUUUUUUUUUAGCAUUUCAUAGCCACAUUGGUUAAAAUAUUAAGAAUAGUUCUUGUUAGCUACAGCUGUUACUCUGUUAAGCUUGUAUCAGCCAUUUUACUGUCAUGAUACAUUGCAACAUCCUAACCAUGCACUCUAUUAACCCAGAUCAAUUCUACCAAGCAUCCCAGACAUUCUGAUGUAACCAGAAUGUUCUUAUGUUCUCGCACUGCAGUGACUUUUGCCAUUGCCUCAUUUGGAUAACACAGGACCUUCUGUACAUCUAUACUAAGCACAUGUACUGCACAGUUCACCUAGGUCCAGUGCAAUUCUUCAGUCUGUUUUCCCUCUUCGUAUUUGUUGAAAGAUAAAACAACCCAAUACAGUCAACAGAAAUCACAUGACUCUUGUUUUCACACCUCUUACUACAGAUUGAUAAAAGCUCAGUCAUUAUGACCACAACAUCAGACUUUGUGUACAAAAGAAACUACAGUAUCAGAUUUAUCAAGCCACUGUCCUCUGAGACAUAAGAGUAUUUUUCUCUUGGGAGGACCCAAUUUAAAUGACACUGAAUUUGUUGAAGCCCCAGGUAUGUUGUUUUAACUUCUGAUUAUCUGCAUUUCUAAAACUGCACACCUAAUUUCUUGUUUGGAUUUGUCUAGUUUCACCUUCCAGCUCUGGAAGCUACUGCUUUUCUUUACUGUUACUAAAUUCUUUUCUGUCUAAGUAGAUCUUAGCUCUUAAAGAGAACAGAUUGAAUUGUUUUGUCUCUUGCUGCAAGGUAUGUCUCCCACACUUCGUGUAUUGCUUUAGCUCUAGGGUGCAGCGUGAUGUUUCAGCAUCCUUUUAAAGUGGAAAUUGCACAGUUUCUCAGAAAUUACCCCAAAUGCUGCUGUGU